AUGGCCAUCGGAGUAGCUCUCAUUGGAGGUGGAAUCUGGGCAAAGGAGGAGCAUCUACCUGCAAUCCUCGCUUCGAAAGACUUGGAACUGAAAGCUAUUUACUCGCGAUCACUCAAAUCUGCAAAUGAUGUCGCAGGGGAAGUCAAAGAUACCCAGAAAAUUGAUCUAUAUUCGGAAGACUCAUCGCAGACUUUUGGGGAUAUUCUCAAGCGUGAUGAUAUCCAGGCUGUCGUUAUCAGUCUCCCAAUCGCCAACCAAGGCACCUUCAUCAAAAGAGCACUCCUCGCAAAAAAACAUGUCUUAUCGGAGAAACCGGUGUCAGAAAAUGUACAAGACGGUGUGGUGUUAAUAUCAUGGUACAAUGGUGUCAAGGAAGAAUUUGACAAUGUAACUUGGAGUGUGGCUGAGAAUUUUAGAUAUCUCGAGAGUUUCAAAUAUGCAAGGCAACAGAUUGAGGAAUUGGGGAAGAUUAUAGGGUUUCGAGUGCGGGUUUAUGCUAACAUCACGGAAGAUUUCAAAUUCUAUCAUACAUCCUGGAGGAAGGAACCCACGCAUCAAGGAGGUUACAUACUUGAUGGUGGCGUUCAUUUCACUGCCGGCCUUCGUCUUUUGCUUGGUUCGGAUGUAUUUGUCGAGCGAGUAGCAGCUUUUACAACCUCACUAAAGGAGCAUCUUCCACCUGUUGAUACAGUGGAUGCCAUUCUAAAAACGAACACGGGUAUUCAAGGCACUUUCCAAUCGUCGGUAGCGACAACCUUGACAGGACCUGAAUGGACUAUUGCUUGUGAGAACGGUAGUGUUACUGUUUCAAGUUCAACUGUCACCGUUCUAUCUGUCGACGGUGAAGAAGUAGUUAAGGAAAUCCCAAAUGAACGGUCGGGAGUACCACCGGAGGUUCGAGCUUGGGGAGAGGCUCUAGCUGCCGGACGACAGAAUCCAGAACAGACUCCUGAAGAAGGUCUGGCAGAUCUCGAACUGAUUGAGUUGAUGCUUCGUAGUGGUAACCAUGAUGGAGAACCACAGAAAUGUAAAUAUCAAUCCAGCACAGCAGAAGUUUCGAAGUAA